GAAGAAAAAGAAAAAAGAGAGAGAAAGAAAUGAUUAAAUUGAAAAAAAUACGUAAAGUGGCGAAUAGGCUCCGAGACGAGGUGGAACGGUCGGUAUUGCAGUGCGCGGUUUUUGAAAACCGGAACACGUAGGCCGAAUGAAACACUAUUAUCGAAAUGACAAGAUGGCACGUCAGCAGCAAGCGGACGUCGACGAACUGUUCGACGUGAAGAAUCACUUCUACAUCGGCAACUACCAGCAAUGUAUCAACGAGGCGCAGAAAAUCAAGUCCUCGUCGGAGGUGAUGAUGGAACGAGAUGUGUUUCUGUACCGCGCGUACAUAGCGCAACGAAAGUUCCGUGUCGUGCUGGACGAGAUCAACAACUCUUCCCCCCCUGACCUUCAGCCGUUGAAGAUGCUGGCUGACUACUUCGCGAAUCCGGCACGCCGGGAGACGAUCGUCGCCGAGUUGCAACAAGCGGCGAGCCGGGCUAACUACGACAACCACAAUUUCCUGAUCGUCGCCGCGACCAUCUACUAUCACGAGAAGAAUCUGGAGGCAGCGCUCAGGAUACUCCGUAACGUGGAUCAUUUGGAGUGUCUGGCACUCACGCUGCAGAUCUACCUGAAGAUGGACCGGCUGGACCUGGCGAAGAAGGAGUUGCUUACCAUGCAGGAGAAGGAUGAUGAUGCCACGUUGACGCAGCUGGCACAGGCGUGGCUGAACAUAAGCAGCGGAGGCGACAAGUUGCAAGAUGCUUAUUACAUAUUUCAAGACAUGAUAGACAAGCAUUCCAGCACGAGCAUGUUGUUGAACGGGCAGGCCACCUGUUUCAUCGGACAAGCCAAAUACGAGGAGGCCGAGACAGCUUUGCAAGAGUCCCUGGACAAAGAUAGUAAUAAUCCAGACACAUUGAUCAACAUGAUCGUACUUUCCCAGCAUAUGGGAAAGCCACCAGAGGUUGCUAACCGUUACUUGAGCCAGCUGAAGGAUUCGCACUUGGAACAUCCGUUCGUUAAAGAAUAUUUGCAGAAAGAGAUAGAAUUUCAGAGGCUCAGGAAGCAGUAUUCAUCGUCAGCCUAAAUCAUUACCGGAUCGUAGCAUUCUGCGAACUAAGAUUCAGACAGGUGUAUUGAAGAUGAUGUACGAUACAAAUUCUAGAUGCAAUGAGAUUAGAGUGCUGCCGCAGGGUGUAAACGCACUUCUACGUGAACCUCGAGUUCUUGUUCUUCUGUUCUAGGGGAGGCAUUUGUUUUCUUUCUUUUUCGUGAAACUUUCAGUUCAGUGAUUUUAUACAAAGCAUUUCACCUUUUGCAUGGAACUUUUUACGAUAAUUGGCGAAUAAAAGUGAUAGACAAGUAAAA